AUGAACCGACAAUUAAUGGCCUCGAUGCUGUCCGACCGACAGAUCGAAGAUCUCAUCAACAAAGCCCUUGAGGCACGGGAAACGUCCUACUGCCCAUACUCCCAGUUCCGUGUCGGCUCUGCGCUUCGGACGGUCGACGGCAAGAUUUUCCAAGGCUGCAAUAUCGAGAAUGCCGCGUACGGUGGGGCCAUCUGUGCCGAGCGGACGGCAUUUGUCAAGGCGAUCUCGGAUGGCUAUCGACGGUUUGUCGCCAUUGCAGUGGCCUGCGACUACAACCACUUCAUCACACCCUGCGGUAUUUGCCGACAGUUUAUGAACGAGUUUGGCAAGAAUCUCGAAAUCUUUUUCGUAAACGAUGAUCGGUCCUAUCGGAGAGCUGUCCUUGAAGAUCUCCUGCCCUAUGCCUUUGGGCCCGAGAAUGGUCCUCUCAAGUGA